AUGGCACCCUUUCCUCCACCUCCCGUCAGCACGAUCGACUGGAGCAACGUUGGCUUCAAGGUUCGCGAGGUCAACGGCCACAUCGAAUCGACCUUCCGCUAUUCGUCCGGGUCGAAUCCGACAUGGAGCAAACCGCGCUGGGUAACGUCUCCCCAUCUGUCCAUCCACGGCAUGGCCCCCGGCCUGAACUACGGCGUGCAAUGCUACGAAGGGAUGAAGGCCUUCCGCCGACCCGACGGGAGCAUUUCCAUCUUUCGACCCGACCAGAACGCCAAGCGCAUGCAGCGAUCCGCCGAGUACAUCUCCGUGCCUCCCGUGCCCGAGGACUUGUUCGUGGAGAGCGUCAACCUCGCCGUGGCCAUGAACGCCGAGUAUGUCCCGCCGCACGAGACCGGCGCCGCCAUGUACAUCCGGCCGCUGCUCUUCGGCUCCAGCGCGCAGCUCGGACUGAGCCCGCCGGACGAGUACACGUUUGUGGUCUUCGUCAUGCCGACCGGUGUCUACCACGGCGUGCACGCCGUGGAUGCUCUGAUCUUGGAGGACUUUGACCGUGCUGCUCCCGAGGGUACCGGCAGCGCCAAGGUUGGUGGAAACUAUGCGCCCGUGCUGCGGCACAGCGAAAAGGCCCGCAACGCUGGCUACGGCAUCACCCUGCACCUUGACAGCAAGACCAGAACCGAGAUUGACGAGUUCUCGACUUCGGGCUUCCUCGGCGUGCGCAAGGACGGAGACAAGGUCACCGUUGUCGUCCCGGACAGCAAGAAUGUCAUCAAAUCCGUGACAUCGGAAUCUGCGUGCCAGAUCGCCAAGGAUGUCUUCGGAUACAACGUCGAGAGGCGGCGCAUUGCAUACGAAGAGCUGCCGGAGUUCAAGGAGGUGAUGGCCGCUGGGACCGCAGCAUCGCUCGUCCCCAUCAAAAGCAUCACCAUGAAGUCUCGCGGGGACACUUUUGAAUACCCCGUGAAUGAUAAGCUCGAGCCCGGGCCGGUGUGCACAGAGCUCCUGACGACCCUGAAAGGCAUUCAGCAGGGCAAGGUGAAGGACCAGUUUGGCUGGAACUUUACCGUCACCGAGCCCACCCAGGAGUUUUCCAAGCAAGCCGCCAAUGGGGGUGUAAACGGCGGCGUCGAUCAGUUACCGUAA